AUGGACGUCGGCAAGCGCUUCGUCAAGGGUAUCUUGGCUGGUUUCUUGCUCUCGACCGGUGGUAUGCUCGUUCAGAUCAUGUCUGCCAACCCUUGGUUCGCCACCAACGCUCCUGGCCUUCUCAAGAUCAUGCAAGGUGCCAUCUUCCCCGUCGGUCUGUGCAUGAUCGUCCUGCUGCAAGCCGAUCUCGUCACGGGCGAGAUGGCCGUCUUCCUCAUGUCCACCGUCAAGCGCAAGGUGCCCUACUGGGCGUUCCUCUACGGCUGGACCAUCACCUUCGUCGGCAACCUCGUCGGUGCUCUGUUCUAUGCCGCCUUCCUGGUCCACUUUUCUUCGCUCUACACCCCCGCCAUGAACACAGGUGCGGCCAAUGGCGCCGAUGCCAAGGUCUCGGCCAUCAACUUCCGCGAACUCUGGCUCCGAGCCAUCGGAUGCAACUUCCUCGUCUGCGUCGCCGUCUUCCAGGCUUCGCUCGCCAAGGACGUCGUUUCCAAGGUCGUGGCCAGUUGGUUCCCCAUCUUUGUCUUCGUUGCUGCCGGGUUCGAACACGUGGUCGCCAACAUGUUCUUGAUCAACGCUGCGCUCAUGACGCGAAAGACCAACUUCAGUGUCGGCGAGUACAUCUGGAAGAGCAUCAUUGCGAGUUUCUUGGGUAACAUCAUCGGUGCUGCUUUGUUGGCGUUCCCGUUGGUGUACCUGCAUGGAGGUGAUGAAUUUGACCCCAGCUCGGGCCCUAGGGCGGGGGCAAUCAGCUCCGGUGGCUCGAUCAACGACGUGACGCUGCCUGCCAGCGGUCACGGAAGCGUCAACGGGCAGCAAAAGUGGGCCAAGGACAUCGAGUCUCAAAUCGGCCAGGCCGGCUAA